GAAUCUUUUUUUUACUUUCAAAACACUAUCAUGCUCAAUAAAGAAUUUUAAAUGUUGCAAAUGUGCAUUAAUUUCAGAGUACACUGAGACAUUAAACUGCAUAAUUUUCAAUUAAAUUCUGGAAAAGUUGGUGUGUUCUAAAACUUUUGACCAGUAGUAUAUAUAUAUAUUAUAGAACACUUUAUCAGGAAAACUAAAUUUGGCAAUAAGGUUUCAUAGAUUUCCCAACUCUUUAUCUGCUUCAUAUUAUCUUCUUGCCUUCUUAUCGUUUUUAAUGCCUCGUCUCUUUACUUUUCUUCAGGAUUCUUCACAGUCAUGUCCGUCCACGAGCAGAGACUUGCACUGUCCGGUCUGCCUGCAGACAGCCAGCUUCCCCGUCCAGACAAACUGUGGCCAUUUGUUCUGUGCUCCCUGUCUGAUCACCUAUUGGAGACACGGGUCCUGGUUGGAUGCCAUCAGCUGCCCUCUCUGCAGACAGAAGGUCAGCGUGCUGUGUAACCUUUUCAACGAGAGUCGAUCAGACCGUCAGUCAAAGGAAGUUCUUGGGGAAAUCACAGACUACAACAAACGAUAUUCUGGAGCUCCUCGAAGGAUCAUGGACUACCUCUGUGAUGCGCCUCUCCUCCUGCAGCUACUGGGCCGUGGCGUUGGCACCAUGGGAGGACUGGUGUGGUUGUUUUUCUUCCGGGUGGCCCUGUGCUGCGUGGGGACCGUCAUGUCCAUCUCCUACCCUCCUCUGGAGCCCGUCUCUUCAUCAGCAAGUCCCCUGGAAACUGACCCCUCCCUGUGUGGACUGCUGGGGGUCCUGGAUGACCUGGUGGUGGUCAUCCUGCUCCUCAUCUGCGUUAUCAACAUCAACCAGCAGAUGGCGCCAGAGAGCGAAGGACGCUCUGCAAACACCACAACCUCACAAGGGAUGAUGGGGAAUUCACUGUAGACUAAUGCUGCUGGAGCUUUCAUUGGAUUUCUUCCUUUUUCUUGCUGCAGCUGGUUGGAUUAGUGGAUGCAAGAAUAUUGACAACAGCACAUCGUGCAACAGUGGCGACGUUAGACGUCGUCUGAGCUUCUUAAACUGUCGACUCAGGACUCAAUUGUUUACAGAGCCUUUGCAAGAGUGAUAUCUAAAAUACGAUGCAGUGUGCUGGUUCAGCUGUGGUUACAAUUUCUCCUUUAACCCUUAAUAGGGCACUCAUUGAAGUACGUGCAAAUUCAAAGAAUUUGCAAAGAAAAAGUUGCA